AUGGAUUCAAACAGAAAAGCAGGAGAAACUGAAAGUGUGCCAGUGAUUAACCCUUCAACACAGAUUGCCCAGCUGCAGGCCCUGGCUUCUGAACUUAAAACUGGUUUCACUGAAGCAAUGCAGGAACUUUCAAGAAUUCAACAUGGGGAGUAUGCUCUUGAGGAGAAGGUUCAAAGUUGCCGAUGCGCAAUGGAGGAGAAAGUGGCAGAGAUGAAGAAUUCUUUGAACUGUUUCAAGGAGGAGCUUAAUGAUGCCAAGUCCAUGAUUGAGGAAAUCAGUACCAAGCAAGAAGAAAUGCAGCAGAAAAUUGAGCAGUUGCAGCAAGAGAAGAAGAAAGAGUCCCGUAAGCUCAAAGCUAAAAGAAUACAAAAGGAGGAGCAUGGGUCACAAACAGUGCCAACACCUCUACAAGGAAGCCCCUUCCGGUCACUGAACCUCCCGGAGCCAGUUUUAAUUAAUGAAGAUUUUGUAAACCUUUUGCACAAUGCAACUUAUGAGAAAGUUGCCGAUUGCAGACCUUUGGCACGAGGAGAAGGAAAUGUGAAAGGGAUAAUGGGUACAAAUCUGGACACAGAAGAAAGACCUUCCUUGUCAACUGAUGCUCAGUCAAAAGGUCAUUCAUCAUCCAUGGUGUGGAAACAGCCCAAAGACAGUAAAGAGUGGAGUGAUGAACAUAUUUCAAAGGAACAAACUGACAGGCAAAAAGAAGUUAGCCCAAGUCGAUAUAGCUCAAUAGAGAAUGUAUUGAGGGAACCUUCUAUCGCAGCUAAAAGACAAAAUAUUGCUUUAGACUUGCUAGAGUCUGAAAGGAAAUAUGUUGUUAGCCUCUCCCUGAUCCUAAAAAUCAAGGCCACAUUGCAUGGACCGGAAAUGAAGAGGAACACCAAGGAGAGAAGCUUCUUCCCCAACUCGUUGCGAUACCUGGCCCAGCAGCAUGUAGAUUUACUUCAUGCUCUUCAGGAGAGAGUGCUGAGCUGGCCCCGACAGGGAAUCCUGGGAGACAUUUUUCUUAAACUGACCAAUGAUGAGAACAAUUUUCUGGACUAUUACGUUGCUUACUUGAGAGAUUUGCCAGAAUGCAUCUCACUGAUCCACAUUGUUGUUCUAAAAGAGAUUGAAGAAGAAAUCAGGUCUGACCUCUACAUAUUCUUCUUUCAUAUAGUCCAGCGUAUCCCUGAAUACCUUCUUCAUUUGCAGAAUAUCCUAAAGUACACUGAGCAAGAGCACCCUGAUUACUACCUUCUUCUGGUGUGUGUUCAGCGCCUGAGAGUCUUCAUUUCGCACCAUAGCCUCCUUUUCCAGUGCAAUGAAGACCUGCUUAUUCAGAAACGGAAGAAGCUGAAAAAAUCUUCCUUCGUCAAGUUAUACAAAGGUCUAGCUUCUCAAUGUGGCAGCACCGGCCCAGAGGUGUCUCCAACACUGAGUGCUACCUCCAUCCGGGAUAGCGGGAUCCACUCAGAAGAGGCAAUGCAACUAUUCCCCUCAGCUCCUGCAUCUGGCACAACAGCGAUGCACUUGAUGUCACACAUGAAGAAGAGCCAACAACAGGGGGUGGAGAGCAUGCAAGGAACCCCGCAGAGUGAGUGGGAAACCGACAGCAGGCGGCACGACCGGGCGGAGAAUGUCCUGACUCCAUCCCAGUUCAGCGAACAAGACCUGAAAGCUCUUGCAGCUUCCCUGCAGGCUUUCCCAGACUUGGAGUACAAUGCUCCUCCUUCUGACACAAAAGGAAACCCUGAGCGAUUGCGUAGGGCCUCAGCAGAUCUUCUCCAGGAUAGCACAAGUUUUGCUCCUGACUACGAAGACUUUGAAUACAGAGGGGAUUCAUAUGCCAUGCCCGGCCCCUAUGAAGAAGAGUCCAGUCAAAACCUGGCCAUCUUUGAGACCUGCUCUCCUGCCUCUUCCGAGUCCAGCAUCGACAUAUGCUUCUUGAGGCCUGUGAACUUCACAACAGAGCCAGAGCGGACAGAGCACACAGUCCAGCCACUCCCAAAGAGCUGCGCUCCGGUCAGCAGCAGCACGUACAAGCGCGAUGUCUUCCGUAGCAAAGGCAAACAACUGAGCCGGUCGUUGAAGGAGUUUCCUCGCAGUGGGACGGAAGGCAUGAGCUCCAGGCUCUACAGUACCAGGAGCAGCAGUGGGAGUCGGUUGCAAGGCAAGCAGGAGCGGGGCUUCCAGUCUCACAUGGCCCCUGCCUCAUCCAGGAGCUCCCAGCGGAACUACUUUCCUCCACAGAGAGGAGCUGGUGAAAAGCAAAGCUUUCUGGAAGAGAUGCAUUUAGAAGACAACACCAGAUUUUCUCAUAGGGAUGAUAAUGAGCAAACUUCUUUCAGCAACCACAACCCAAGACAAGAACAGAAAGGGGGCUUUCGCAGUUCCUUCCGCAAGCUCUUUAAAAAGAAAUAA